CAACAAUGUUUUUCUUGAAGGAGCUGAGUGUGGAAUAAAUGCCGAAGUAGAAAAGCAGCUUGAAAUGGGGAAGAAGUUAUUGGCUGCUGGACAACUGGCAGAUGCUCUGUCUCAUUUUCAUGCAGCUAUAGAGGGAGACUCUGAUAACUACAUUGCUUAUUACAGAAGAGCCACAGUGUACCUAGCCAUGGGCAAAUCUAAAGCAGCAAUUCGUGAUUUAAGUAAAGUGGUUGAAUUAAAGCAGGACUUCACAUCCGCAAGAUUACAGAGGGGACACCUACUGCUCAAGCAAGGAAAAUUUGAUGAAGCAGAAGACGACUUUAAAAAUGUGGUAAGUUGGAGUCCUGAAGUGGAAAAACUGCUUUCCUGCUUUUAAAGUUGGCUUCUAAGG